AUGUCAAAGUCCAGAAUGGCCAUGCAGGCCCUUCUCGCGUUCGGCACAGCUGUCCUAGCUAUUCUCAUCGCGUUGAGGAACCCGCCCUCUCCCGCCACAGGCCAUACCUCGCCCGGCUCCGGCUCUUUCUUCGACACCGUCGCCUCGCGCUACGACUUAAUCAACCGCAUAAUCUCGCUGGGAAUGGACACGGAGUGGCGGCGCUCAGCGGUCGACGCCGCGCUCCCCGCCGCUUCAGUCCUCGACGUCAGCACGGGCACUGGCAGCUUGGCCCUCGCCGUGGCGCAGCGCAGCCCGCGCACGCGCGUCGUAGGCAUCGAUCCGUCGCGCGAGAUGCUUGCGCUGGGACUCGUCAAAGUCGCGGCGGGCGGCAAGCAGUUUGAAAAGGUGCACCUGCAGGAGGCCGUAGCGGAGAACUUGCCGUUCGAAGAUGAGAGCUUCGAUGCCGUUGUUGUGGCGUUCGGCGUGAGAAACUUCCAGCGCCGCGACAAGGGAAUUGGGGAGAUGAUCCGCGUGCUUAAGGUGGGGGGCAGGCUUGUCGUGCUGGAGCUGUCGACGCCCGCGGGGAAGGGGGUGAAAGAUACUGUGGCCAGGCUGUUCAUCAAUAAGGCGAUGCCGAAGAUCGCGUCGCUUGUUUCGGGAAACCCAGCGGCCUAUCAGUACCUCAGCGAGUCUAUGGCCAAGUUUCCGACCUCGGAACGAUUUGUUGAGAUACUCCGGAACAGCGGUCUGACGAUGAAGGCGCACCGAAGACUGUCUCCAUUCGGGCUCGGGCCCGAUCUGUACACAGCUGUAAAGAGCUCCCAGUCUGGGCGGUGA